AUGACACAGGCGCAGAAGACGACUGCAAGAUCAUGCAGCAGCUGUUUGGGAAGUUGGGUGUGCGCUGGAAGUACUAUAUCAUUGAUCCAGCCAACAGUGGGUUUGCUUUCUACCUCCAACAAGAGCUCCAUAAAAUGCUUGAUCAUUGCAACUCUUUCAAACCGGAGGAUACCCUUGCAGUGUUCUAUUAUUGCGGCCCUGAAUCUUGUGUCUGGAAAGUAUAGCAUUCCCUGGAUAACUCUCCAGUCGCAGCUAUUUGGGGACCCCAACCGAUCGGACAACGAUACUCUAGUUAUACUAGACUGUUGUUAUUCUGGACUAGCAACUCGCAGUGGAGCUAGUUGCGCCCACCAGGUUUUGGCUGCCUGCCUGCCCCACGAAAUAUCAAAGCGUCGGGCGCCAAACAGCGUUUCGUUUACGCAGCGAAUCUGGAGGGCCGCAUGCCACUUCUUUUAUCAAAAAACCCUUUCAACAGCCCAGCUUUACCAGCAAUUGAUGGAGGAUUUGCCAAAGGCAGCACCCGAGCCGAUUUUGAAGACUUUUGGAGGAAACAGACCCAUAACGUUUGUCUUCACACCCAAAGUAAAGGGAAAGCCAGGAGGGCUGCCCACAAUCCUCGUACGCCUUCCAACUCAAACACGAGAGAAGAAUGUCCUCGCCAAGUUAACCCUAAGCGGCGACACUAAAGUCUUCCCGGUUAUGUUCCAGGCCGCAAUCAGGACUCUCCCUCCAGAUAUGAAGGUCGAUAUUAUGGAUUGUUUUGAGACCGAUGACUCGGUUUUCUUCAUUUUGAGAAUGACCUUCGAGUGCCUGGCACUCUGGGAGAUGGUUGUCAAUUUAGAUAAGAUUGGUUCUAUCAUUGGGCCCUCCCUAAUGACCAAGCCAAAGCCUCAUCAGCCCCAACAGCCUCUAGACCCUUAG